CCGGAGAAAUCCCCUGCCAGCGUUUAUAGGGCGCCGCGGCGGCGCUGGCGAGCCCACAAGAGUCGCAGCCAGCGGUCCUCCCCUCCGUGACACGAAGAGGCAGCGAGCGCGCAGCCCGCGGCCGAGCGCACCUGGGCAGCAGCGCCACAGCUUCCCCCGCGCCAUGUUUCAGCCCGCCGAGCACAACCAGGACUGGGCCAUGGAGGGUCCCCGGGACGCGCUCAAGAAGGAGCGCCUGCUGGACGACCGCCACGACAGCGGCCUGGACUCCAUGAAGGACGAGGAGUACGAGCAGUUGGUGAAGGAAUUGAAGGAGAUCCGCCUCGAGCCGCAGGAGGCGCCGCGCGGCGCCGAGCCCUGGAAGCAGCAGCUCACCGAGGACGGAGACUCGUUCCUGCACUUGGCCAUCAUCCAUGAAGAGAAGGCACUGACCAUGGAAGUGAUCCGCCAAGUGAAGGGCGACCUGGCCUUUCUCAACUUCCAGAACAACCUGCAGCAGACUCCACUCCACUUGGCCGUGAUCACCAACCAACCAGAAAUUGCUGAGGCACUUCUGGAAGCUGGCUGUGAUCCUGAGUUCCGAGACUUUCGAGGAAAUACCCCCCUACACCUUGCCUGUGAGCAAGGCUGCCUGGCCAGUGUGGGAGUCCUGACUCAGACCUGCAGGACCCAGCACCUCUCCUCCAUCCUCCAGGCCACUAACUACAAUGGGCACACGUGUCUACAUUUAGCCUCUAUCCGUGGCUACUUGGGCAUUGUGGAACUUCUGGUGUCUCUGGGUGCUGACGUCAAUGCUCAGGAGCCCUGCAAUGGCCGAACCGCCCUCCAUCUCGCCGUGGACCUGCAGAAUUCUGAUCUCGUGUCACUCUUGUUGAAGUGUGGGGCUGAUGUCAACAGAGUUACCUACCAGGGCUACUCCCCAUACCAGCUCACCUGGGGCCGCCCAAGCACGCGGAUACAGCAGCAGCUGGGCCAGCUGACCCUAGAAAACCUUCAGAUGUUGCCAGAGAGCGAGGAUGAGGAGAGCUACGACACGGAGUCAGAGUUCACGGAGGACGAGGUGAGUCGCAACUUUGUCGCUCUGCACAAAGCAGGACCCUGUAUCCGAAAGGCUCAACUUAAUGAAGUUCUCACACUUUAGUGUGAGUGACCAGUAGUACCCCCCAAAGUGUGUCUUCAUUUUUUGCCCUUUUUAAAGGAGAGGAGCAUUAAAGAGAAGCUCCCUCAGCCCCUGAAGUUAAUUUAUAUCCCAGUUUUGGAGAAUGGCAUCCAAGAAUACUUGAGUUAUUUCGAGGAACAGCCCUCACCAUUAUUCCAGCACCUUUGGCAAAGUUCUGGAAGUUUAACGUGCCUUUUUCUUUCUCUUGUUCUUAGCUGCCCUAUGAUGACUGUGUGCUUGGAGGCCAGCGCCUGACGUUAUGAGCUUAGAAGAGUAAAAGGACAUGGACUUGUAUAUUUGUACAAAAAGAGAGUUUUAUUUUUCUAAAAAAAAAAAAAGAAAAAAAGAAAAAAAAUUAAAAGAGGGUACUUAAAACCACACUUCACGCUCCCUGGCCUGAAACAUUCACUAUGGUGGAUCUGCCCUCAUUUUGUUAUUUUGGUGAACUUUAGAAGGGAACAAGAAAGAUCACUGGAAUUCAAAGAAAACCUCAUUCAAUCCUCACCUUUGUGGGGUUUCUGGAGGAGGUUAUGCAACAUGUGAUGAAAGGACGACAUCUUACUGUGCUUUUUGACUGAAUCACCAGAGAUUCGGUGGCUCAGCCCCGUGUGGGUUGUGUAACGACUGACUAGGUGUAAAGACCAGGUGUGUUGUUAAGCCUUUUGGGGGUGUGGGGUUAAAAGCCACUACUUGUCAAGGUUUGUGUUGCCCUCCUGUAAAUGGUGUACAUUGUGUAUUUUGUUGGUAAUUAUUUUGGUACUUCUAAGAUGUGUAUUUAUUAAACAGAUUUUUACAAACA